CCUUCUUCUCUGCUCUCUGUGAAUCACUCAAAUGGCAAUUGCAUCAGCUGUGGGCGUCAAUGGAGUGAAGUUGGCUACAACUUUUCAGGCUUAUUUGGAGAGAACGGCCGUGAACGACACCAACGCUCUGUUAUCGGAGCUCUGCCGCCAAUUCCAGGGCCUCCGAUGGGUCUCCGGCACCGGCGCCAGCGGUUUCAUCGCCAUCAAGGUUCACGGCUACUCCAUUCCCAAAAGACAACAGCUAAUGGCAAUGGCGGCUUCUGGUGUUCAGAAGGAGAGAAUGGUGCCAGAGGAUAUGUAUGUGUUAUCUCAUGGUGGGUCUAUCUUAUCUUCAUCACCUCCGAAGCCAUAUCCACAUAACUCUCCAAACUGUUUUGAUUGCACACCUCUUUCUAUGAAGGGUCCGACUCAGAGAAUCAAAGGAAAUUCGAGAAAUAAUGCAGGCAUCGACGUUUCUGUGAAGGCCAGGGCUCAAGGUUUAGAUAAUAGAAACGAAGUAUUACCACGGUGCGUAGUUCUUGAUAUCGAAGGGACUACUACUCCAAUAUCUUUUGUUACUGAUGUACUCUUUCCAUAUGCUCGUGAUAAUGUCGCAAAGCAUUUGAUUUUAGCAUACGACACAGCAGAAGCUCAAGACGACAUUAAGUUGUUGCGUUCACAAGUUGAAGAUGACUUGAAAAAUGGUGUUGAUGGAGCUGUGCCUAUUCCUGCUGAUAAUGCUGGGAAAGAGGAAGUCAUUGCAGCAUUGGUUGCUAAUGUUGAAGCAAUGAUAAAAGCUGACCGCAAGAUAACUGCCUUGAAACAACUCCAAGGUCACAUAUGGAGAACUGGAUUUUCAAGCAAUGAAUUAGAGGGGGUAGUUUUCGAUGACGUGCCAGAGUCUCUCGCGAGAUGGCAUGCUUUGGGCGUUAAGGUCUACAUAUACUCGAGCGGGAGCAGGUUGGCGCAAAGGCUUAUAUUUGGGAAGACUAAUUAUGGUGAUUUAAGAAAAUAUUUAUCAGGAUUCUUUGACACUGCUGUGGGGAACAAAAGAGAAAUAAGCAGUUAUGUUGAGAUUUCAGAGUAUUUGGGAGUGGACAAGCCAUCAGAAAUAUUGUUCAUCACAGAUGUCUAUCAAGAAGCUGUAGCAGCAAAAGCAGCAGGGCUGGAGGUGGCAAUUUCAAUCCGACCAGGAAAUGGUCCACUGCCUGAUAAACAUGGGUUCCAGACGAUCAAUUCCUUCUCAGAAAUCUGAAAUGAGGAACUACUUUUUAUAAUUACAUUCAAGUCUGCUGUUCCAUUCAGUAAGUUUCCCCUGUUUUCUCCCUCCCUCUGCCAUUGAUUAAAUUGAAGCAAUAGCAUUUUUGUUUGUACUAGAAUAGUUGUACUGGCUUUCGCUUUUGAAGUAUUGUAAGGAAAGUAAAUAAUGGAUACUCUUGUGUUAUUUUAACAUCAGAGUUCAGUUUUGUACA